AUGGUAUCUUCUAUCGUUAAAAUCACAUUCUUAUUGGCCGUUAUGACCGCCGUCGUCUAUGGUAAAAUCAACGUUUGUUUCCAUUGUGAUGGAGCAAACAUUGUAGAACAAUGUACUGGAGAUCGUAAAUGUCUUGAAUUCGAUGGUCCUUCAACUUGUUUCAAUUUCACCAAUGCUUGCUCAACAGGUGUAACAAUUGGAUCUGGUCAAAUUUCAAUCACCAACAAUACCUACACUUUCCGUACAUACUCGGCUUCAUUAAACUGCUCUGGUAACUUCACUGAUGCCAGCACCACCUGUGGAACUUGUUCCCCAGGAGUCAACAGAGGUAUCUAUGCCGAAUGUGUUUCAUCUGCUGCUUCAAUCGCCGCCUCAAUGGUCUUUGCUAUCGUUGUUGCCCUCUUUGCUGCUCUCGUAUAA